UCAAAGCAGAACUGUACGCAUUGCAUUGUGGGAUUCUUUCGGCAAGUUGCAGUAUAGUGGUCUACGUGUUGAAAACAUUAUCACGUGUGAAUUUUUUAUAGGUUAGAAGUCUCGUCUGGUUUUUAUUUGAUCGAAGUAAUUCUAUUCCUGUGUUCUGUUCUUGUCGAGGUGAAGUUUGUGUGUGUGAUCCUGUUGAGAUAAAAUGGUAAAGCGAAUUCUGAUACAUACGGCCUUCUCCGUGGUUUUAUUGGUGGCAGCGAGUAUUAACAUGGCGUCUUCCUGUUCCUGCAUGAUGUCGCAUCCACAGACGCACGCCUGCAGAGCUGACUUCGUAAUUGUUGCCAGAGUAAAGAAAGUUUUUACCCAUGACGGAAUGUCCCGCGUCUACAAGGUGAAAAUUAAGAGAGAGUUUAAGAUGAGCGAGAAAGCGAGCGUCGUCUUGAAGGCGGGGCGACUAGUGACUGGUGGCUCCUCGUCGACGUGUGGUGUGCAACUGGAACCCGAGGUGACGUACCUGAUAACCGGCAAAGUUCUGGCCGGUCAAGCGCACGUCAACCUUUGUAACUACAUUACAAACUGGAAUGACCUCACCGUCAGGCAGAAGAAAGGCUUCAGGCUGCUUUAUCGCCAAGGAUGUUUAUGCGAGAUAAUCGACUGUCCAUGGUGGAAACAAUGUCCCAGGGACAGACUAGAAGCAGAUGCGUGCCUCUGGGAGUCGAGCGUGUUUUCUGACGCGUCGCUACCCGACUGCCAAUCAAAACAUGGCAUCUGUAUGAAGACCCCUAGCGGAAACUGUGGCUGGUCAACGGAUAAGAAAUACCGCGAGUGUAUGAAGGAACGUCGUCGAAUGAGGGACGAGAGAAGAAGAAAUGAACCUUGAACGAGAAUCAUAAACUGAAGUUGAAUUAUAUGACCUGAUGAUAUUUUCUUUUUCUGUAACAUUUCUCAACGCGUUCAACUAAACAUAGUUAACAAUAUGACAAGAUACGUAUUCUUCGCAGAAUUCUUGACGUAUUAACGUUGGUGUACAGUAAGAAAUUUUUUUUAAAAAAAAUUAUAUUUCGUAAAUGCAAUUAAACAAAUACGAGAAGACAUUAAAUACGACGAGAUUCACAUUAUUUCGACAGUUCGAUUUUGUUGGUAAGUUGGUUUAACGUUGGUGUACAAUAUUCGAUUACAGUAAGAAAUUUUUUUUAAAAAAAAUUAUAUUUCGUAAAUGCAAUUAAACAAAUACGAGAAGACAUUAAAUACGACGAGAUUCCUAGGGACCGUUUUUUUACACAUCGCAUUAUUUCGACAGCCCGAUUUUGUUGGUAAGUUGGUUUACCUGCAUAUAAAAUAUGCGCCUAUGAAAACACGAAAAUUUCGAAUUGGUUCUUUACAUCAAAACGUUAAAACGUCAUUAAAUUAUCUGUGAACCCAAUUCUGAAUGUGUUGAUUUCAUUAAUUAGAACGUUAACUGUAAACACUAAUCAAAAUUCUCAUUCAUUAACUUUCGACUGCAAGAUAAAAUUGUUGACUAAAUCCGCAUUUUAGACAGUGUUGGUAAAUAUGCUAAUCACUCAUAUUUACGUCGAAACAUUAUUCUUGAUUAAUGUUGCUAAUUAUUUAUUUAUUUUAAAGGAUCUGAAAUUCUAAAACUAAGUACAAAUGUCAUAAGUAUUUGUAGUUAGCUGUUAGAUAUUCUUGGGAAAAAUUGAACUUCGAUUGCCAUAGACAUUACAUUAUACAGAGUGUCCCAUAAGUUCACCGCGAUAGCAGAACUGUUAUUAGACAAAACACAAAGAAAUACAAACACGGAAUAAUUGUUACAAAUCACGUGUUUCCAGUAUCAGGUAUUGAAAUUGUUUACCUACGACUAGACCGUUAUGGGCCUGUGGCCCAGGACUUAUGGGACACUCUGUAUACUUUAGUAUAGUACUGUAUAUCGUGAACAUGUACAAACUUAAACUCCCUCAUGCUGAUAUCAUGAAUAGGAUAUCCCGCGUUUAUCUGCGCCUUAGAAUCGAUAGUAUCGAUGAAACAAAUAUCAAAUAUAACUGACUGACGGUUCAGCGAUAAACUGUCCACUAUUUUUACCAAACCUUUCAGUUUUAUUACUUAAUGUUAUCUUAUAAAUCACUUUCUAUCAGAUACAGCCAUUCCUGUUAAUACAAUUUAAUGCAACGGAAUUUCGCUAAUCAUAAAAAUUAUUAUGCAUAUUUUAAUUUUGUAAAAUAUAUCGAUUAUGUAACAUUAAUGGCCCCGUUCGACUUCGUAGUCAAGGAAAUUACGUAGAUUUUUUAUAGCGUUACUUAUGUAUAUGAGCAGUGUUAAAAGAAAGUUUAUGUAUGUUUAUAUAAUUAAAAUUAAUGCUGAAAUUUUCCCUAAAUAUUUCCAAUAAUCCAAGUACCUGUGAAUAAAUUAUGUAAAAUAUGUUUUUCAUAAUUCAUUUUAUAUAUUCCCAGGCAAUAUUGAUAACAGAUUUGUUAUUACGUUAAUACUACAGACGAUAAAAUCUAAAUUGUAAAAUUUUUCACCAAUCUCUGAAGAGCCAUCUCAAACAUGAUUUUAUUAUAACCAAUCUAAUAAGUUGAGCAACCGAUAUAAAUUAAAUACUUAAUAAUAAAAUUACUGUAAUGUGGUUUAAGGUAUUAUUUAAUUUAUUCUAAAAAAAAUACGUAAAUGUUAUUUGAAGAACAAAAUUUACAGUUAUCUAAACACAAAUCAUUCAUUGCCAUCUCGUUCAUGUUUAAUAAAAUUUAAAAUCAAUUUAUUUUAUAUAUUAUUUUGAUUUUAAAAUGAAUUUCUAUAUCUAGACAUUCUUACGCAAAUUAAUGUCAGUAUCUUACUGACAAAUAUAAAACUAUAAAGCACAGACGUAGUAAGAGAACACGAAUUAGGUUUUAUGUAAAUUCCCAGGAGUUAUCAGAAUUUCAUUAAUAUUUACCAGUUCAAAGAGAUUUAUUAAAUUUAAAUAUUAACUUAAUGGCUCUUAAAUGUGAGGUUAUGCUCUUCAGAACUUGGUACGAAAUAAGAAUGGUACUUACCAUCUCGCGAUAGUUGGGGUAAAAUGUUUGCUCGAUCAAAGGAAAAUUCUCUUUCCCAAGGCGCCGCUGUAGCAGAAGCAGAUGGGCGAAGACCCACGGUUUAUCCUGUCACAUAAAUAAAACCACUGUGUACCAUACACACAGAGCUUGUAUAUUAUAAACUAAUUUGUAAUGAAAACUAAAAAAAAUAAAUAACUUAAAACCUGCAAAA